CAGAGCUCAGCAGGGUGUAAGGGCCCAUCAGAGCAGGUCAGGCCAGGCUGAAACACCCCGUGUGUAUCAGCAAUCAGCUCCUGCACGGAGGGAGGGCUUGAGGCUGUUCCUUCCCAGGACAGGGAGCAGUGUUCUGCAGAUGUGUAAAUGUAGCACAGAGACAGCUCUGGCUGAUGUUACAGCUCUGUGUGUUCUCAGCAGAGCUCCCUGCAGGAUCCAAAUCCUCCUUUCGUCCUCUUGGAGCUUCUUACUCUGCACUGAGCUGCUGCUUGAUCCUGUAACUCUUCAUCUGUGUGAGCCCAACUUACCGGGUGAGGUGAAGUGGAAAGGGAAGGACCUGUUUGAUCUGGUGUGCAGGACACUGGGACUGCGGGAAACCUGGUUCUUCGGGCUGCAGUACACCAUCAAGGACACGGUGGCCUGGCUGAAAAUGGACAAGAAGGUCCUGGAUCACGAUGUCCCCACAGAGGAGCCCAAAACCUUUCACUUCCUGGCCAAAUUUUAUCCUGAGAAUGCAGAGGAGGAGUUGGUCCAGGAAAUCACCCAGCACUUGUUCUUCCUGCAGGUGAAGAAGCAGAUUUUGGAUGAGAAGAUCUUCUGUCCUCCUGAAGCCUCUGUCCUGCUGGCCUCCUACGCUGUCCAAGCCAAGUACGGCGACUACGAUCCCAACGUCCACAAGAGAGGCUUCCUGGCACAGGAGGAAUUGCUUCCCAAGCGGGUAAUCAACCUGUACCAGAUGACUCCAGAGAUGUGGGAGGAAAGGAUAACAGCCUGGUACGCAGAGCACCGGGGCAGAGCGAGAGAUGAAGCUGAAAUGGAGUAUCUGAAGAUAGCCCAGGACCUGGAGAUGUAUGGUGUGAACUACUUCGCCAUCAGGAAUAAAAAGGGCACAGAGCUGCUCCUUGGAGUUGAUGCCUUGGGUCUUCACAUUUAUGACCCGGACAACAGGUUGACCCCUAAAAUCUCCUUCCCGUGGAACGAGAUCCGGAAUAUCUCCUACAGUGAUAAAGAGUUUACGAUUAAGCCAUUGGACAAAAAGAUUGAUGUUUUUAAAUUCAAUUCAUCAAAGCUGCGUGUGAAUAAGCUGAUUCUUCAGCUGUGCAUUGGGAACCACGACCUCUUCAUGAGGAGGAGGAAGGCAGACUCGCUGGAGGUGCAGCAGAUGAAAGCACAGGCCAGGGAGGAGAAGGCCAGGAAGCAGAUGGAACGACAGUGCCUGGCACGAGAGAAGCAAAUGAGAGAAGAGGCUGAGAGGACCAGGGAUGAACUGGAGAGGAGGCUGAUGCAGCUGAAGGAGGAGGCAACGAUGGCCAACGAGGCUCUGAUGAGGUCGGAGGAGACGGCGGAUUUGCUGGCGGAGAAGGCGCAGAUCACAGAGGAGGAGGCCAAGCUCCUGGCUCAGAAGGCGGCCGAGGCCGAGCAGGAGAUGCAGCGCAUCAAGGCCACGGCCAUCCGGACCGAGGAGGAGAAGAGGCUGAUGGAGCAGAAGGUGCUGGAGGCAGAGAUGUUGGCACUGAAAAUGGCCGAGGAGUCGGAGAGGAGGGCAAAGGAGGCUGAUCAGCUCAAGCAGGACCUGCAGGAGGCUCGUGAGUCGGAACGCAGGGCGAAGCAGAAGCUCUUGGAGAUCACCAGCAAGUCUUCCUACACACAGUCCAUGAACUCGAGUACCACAGCACUGCCCACUGACCUGCCAAGCUUCAACCUCAUCAGUGAGAGCCUCUCCUUCGACUUCAAGGAUACAGACAUGAAGAGGCUGUCCAUGGAAAUCGAGAAGGAGAAGGUGGAGUACAUGGAGAAGAGCAAGCACCUGCAGGAGCAGCUCAACGAGCUGAAGACAGAAAUUGAGGCACUGAAGCUCAAGGAGAGAGAGACAGCUCUGGAUAUUUUGCACAAUGAGAACUCCAGCCGGGGAAACAGCAAGCACAACACUAUUAAAAAGCCUCAAGCCCAGGGCAGAAGACCUAUCUGCAUUUGAGAAUUCCAACUCACCCUGCAGAGCACCAAGUCCCGUGUGGCCUUCUUCGAGGAGCUCUAGGAAACAACUUCUCCACACCGCUGCUGCUUCCCAAGGGCUCGGCCCAGCCGGGGCCUGUCCCGGGGCCGGGGGCUCCCCGAGGGAUCACCCCGGACCCCGCCGGCUGCUCCAGCCUCUCUGCACACCCACGGACUCGGGGCUGGCUGCCCACGGACUGUGUGAUGUUCUCUAGCUUAGCAGCCGCUCAUCCUCCUCCUGACACUUCGUUUUCCUUGGGUUUCCAGCUUUUUUUCCUUAUUUUUCUAGCAUUGCUUCCAGGCUCGGCCCUCCAGGCUUUUCCCUGGAGCCGGGGUCGGGGCUGUGGCCGUGCCUUCCCACCCUGGCAGCCAACACAGGAGUGUGCCCGAGGGUCUCCCUCUGCCGGGAGAGAGGUGUUGUCACCCCUCUGGAUUGCCUUCUUCUGCCGGCUCUGGAGCCCCCUGUGCCGGUCUGGAGCUCCAGGUGCCGGCCCUGGAUGCUCUGCUGGGCUCCCGGAGCCCCGUCAGGCGGCGGUGCCGGGAGCUCCAUUAGGAUCCCGAGCAUGUUCCAGUGGAGUGCUGUAAAUCAGGAACGUCGUGCUGGCUCUCCCGGCGCCCGCUGGGGUGGGAGAGGAGCAGGGAGCGGGAGGACAGGGACCUGGGGCUGGGGGGAUCCUGGGCUGCUUCCCCGGGGACAGGAGGUGGGAGGAAGGGCUCCUCCUCCUCCUCCUCCUCCCUGCUGGGAACAGGGAGCGGGAGAACAGCUAGUGCCAACCAAAUGAAACCUUAUUGUUCCUGCAAACUGUGACCAACCUGGGCAGCUUCAGGCUGGGGGGAUCCAGGGGCUCCGGGCUGGGCUUUCCCUGGGUCCCGGGGCAUCCCAGCCCCUCGGAGCCCCCCGGGAAUGCCGGGCUGGGCCCGGGGCUGCCUGUUCCUGCCUGUCCCAUCGCGGGUGCCUUUGCUCUGACCCCCCCGCGGGGGGAACAGGGAUGCCCUGACCUUCCCUUCCUGUCUCCAUCCCAAAUCCUGUGCACCUUUCAGCUGGAAUCCUCUUCCAGCAGCGUUUACCCUCCAGCAGAGCCGGUGCUGCCCCGGGGAUCCCUCACAUCCCCUCAGGACCCCCAGUUCCUCACCCAAGCCCCACAGAGGCUCAGCCCGGGGCUUGGCGUGGAGUAAAUCCCAUCCCAGCCCUGGUUAUUGAAAUCCUGGGAUCGAUUCCCCGCACGUGGCUGCGGUUCGGAUGGCUGUGGCCUGGCACAGCCGCUUUCCCAUCCCCUGGACUGUUGUACUCCGAAGGAAUAACUGUUUUCUCCUGUUUUAAUAAAAAUUCACAGCACUAA